UUUGCUCCAAAGCUGAAGAGAUAUCCUGAAGCUGCUCGGGAGAGUACAGAGGAAAAUAUCGCUUAAGUAAAUUACUCAGGGAGUUGUCCAAAACAUCCCAGAUGACACUACUGUCCUGUUGAAUGGUCUGUUUUACGACUGGGCAGUAAAAGUUCCACCAGGUUAGAAGAGUGAUGACCAUCCUGUUCCUUACUAUGGUUAUUUCAUACUUCAGUUGCAUGAGAGCUGCGCCCCUGAGAGACGCCCCGGGCAUGCGGGGUCAUCGGACGGAAGGCUACUUGGGCGCUGCUGCGACGGCCGCAAGAGGCCAUGGGACUCCACAGAGUGGUGGUGGGCCAGGCCAGCGCGGGGAACUGCCCUCACUCACAGACACGUUUGAGCAGGUGAUAGAGGAGCUGCUGGAGGUGGAGGGCGAGGCGGCACAGCUGGGACAGGGGGCUGAUAAGAGCCAGGGAGGUGGGGGUCCAUCCUCUGUGGUCACCACAGAGACCAAGGAUGUCGACCUGUACGACUCGCGAGUGAUGAUCAGCAACCAAGUGCCUUUGGAGCCGCCGUUGCUCUUUCUUCUGGAGGAAUACAAAAACUAUCUGGAUGCCGCUAAUAUGUCCAUGAGGGUGCGGCGACACUCCGAUCCCUCACGGCGCGGAGAGCUCAGUGUGUGUGACAGUAUUAGCCAGUGGGUGACAGCUGUGGAUAAAAAGACGGCAAUUGACAUGUCUGGGCAGACAGUUACCGUCAUGGAAAAGGUCCCUGUCCCCAACGGCCAACUGAAGCAAUACUUUUAUGAGACCAAAUGCAACCCCAUGGGGUACACAAAGGAGGGCUGCAGAGGAAUAGACAAGCGGCAUUAUAAUUCCCAAUGCAGGACAACCCAGUCCUAUGUGCGAGCGCUUACCAUGGAUAGCAAAAAGAAGAUUGGCUGGCGGUUUAUAAGGAUAGACACUUCGUGUGUAUGCACAUUGACCAUUAAAAGAGGGAGAUAGUGUAUAAAAUGUAUAGAUUUUAUUGAAGAGUUUAAAAAAGAGAAUAAAGAGAAAAUAUC